GAUUCUCCACGGCCCCCGCGGACGUUAGUCCCGCCUGAGAUGGUUGUCCAAUCCGGAGUCAGCAUGCAGGCCCCGCCUCCGUGCUAGUGACGCCACAUCCGGUCCGCCGCCGGAAGUCGCGCUUUGUAACCGAAUUUGAAGUGAGCCGAGCGGCGAGAGCCGGGUUUCUGGGGCUCUUAGAGCCACAGUCACGAUGCCUAUCCGUGCGCUCUGCACCAUUUGCUCCGAUUUCUUCGACCAUUCCCGCGAUGUGGCCGCCAUCCACUGCGGCCACACCUUCCACCUGCAGUGCCUCUUCCAGUGGUUCGAGACAGCACCAAGUCGGACUUGCCCUCAGUGCCGAAUCCAGGUUGGCAAAAAAUCUAUUAUCAACAAACUCUUCUUUGACCUUGCCCAGGAGGAGGAGACUGUCUUAGAUGCAGAAUUCUUAAAGAAUGAAUUGGAUAAUACCAGAGCCCAGCUUUCCCAAAAAGAGAAAGAGAAACGAGACUGCCAGGCCAUCAUUGACACUCUGAGGAACAUGCUGGAAGAGCGCAAUGCCACCGUGGAUUCUCUGCAGCAGGCCUUAGACCAGGCUGAAAUGUUGUGCUCCACCCUCAAGAAGCAGAUGAAAUUCUUAGAGCAGCAGCAGGAUGAGACCAAACAAGCACGGGAGGAGGCCCGCCGACUCAGGAGCAAAAUGAAGACCAUGGAGCGGAUUGAGCUUCUACUCCAGAGCCAGCGACCUGAGGUGGAGGAAAUGAUCCGAGACAUGGGAGUAGGGCAGUCAGCGGUGGAGCAGCUGGCUGUGUACUGCGUGUCCCUUAAGAAAGAGUAUGAGAAUCUUAAAGAAUCACGGAAGACCUCGGGAGAGCUAACUGACAAGCUGAAGAAAGACUUGUUUUCCUCUAAAAGCAAGUUGCAGGCAGCCUACUGUGAUCUGGACCAGGCCAAGUUGGAGCUUAAGUCAGCCCAGAAGGACUUACAGAGUGCUGACAAGGAAAUCACGAGCCUAAAAAAAAAACUAACGAUGCUGCAGGAAACACUGAACCUCCCGCCAGCAGAUAGAGAGACUGUGGACCGCCUGGUUUUGGAAAGUCCAGCCCCUCUGGGUAUGCUGAACCUGAAGCUUCGCCGACCAAUCUUCAAUGAUGAAAUUAACCUCAAUGCUACCUUUGAUGUGGACACCCCCUCAGACCGAUCCUCUGGCAUCCACUGUGGUCUUGCCAAGAAGCACUGCUUAGAGAAGGCAUACAAUUCAGUUGAGGACAUCUCCAAGAAGAUGCCCAGCAACGCCAUGCAGGAGUCCCCACUCCCUCUGAGCAGCCAGCACCGCCUGCAAGAGCCAGAUGAGGAGCUGGGUAGUGCCUUCCCUGUCUUCAUCCGGAAUUCAGUCCUGGGCCGGAAGCAACCCCUGAAGAAGAGAAUUGAGUCGAGUCGCAGCACAGAUGGGAUAAGGACAGGCUUCGAUGGAUUUGGAGGCCGGACAAAAUUCAUCCAACCUAGUGACAGUCCUGUCAUCCGUUCACGUCCACUGCUUGUGAGGCCUAAGGCCAAGGCUAAAUCAAGAGUGAGGGCAAAGACAACGCUCCCUGCCUCCCAGGCCAAGCUGGACACGUACCUGUGGUAGCAAGAACACUUGAAUCUUAUCAGUGGUCAGAUAAACCUCCAAUGUAGAGGCUGAAGACUGGUCUUGAGGACAUGACUCUUCGUGGAGCCACUGUGACCCACGCACUACUCUGCCAGCCAGGCAGGCUAAUAGAGGUCCCACUUAUAGUCAUGAUCAGACGUGGGUUGACUGUUUCUCAUUCUCCACACCAGAGUCUUGACUGUAUAAAGUGUUUGAGGCUUCCUGGGCAACUCCAGCCUGCCUAGGCUUCCAUCUGCCCCUGAUUUGCUGCUAGGCA